CGACAGAAAGCUUUUCCCAAAUGGCUAGUAGCUCUCGCACCAGAGAUUGAACUUUUGAAACUUUUUCUAAAAAGGCUUUUUAUAUGUAACUCGGCAUUAACAUUUCCAUUAGUUAUUUCUAAAUGUCACAGUUCUUUUUGUUUUUUGGUCAUGCUAACGUUAACCGAAUUUCGCAAACAUUACGGGAAUAUUAGCUUACUUGUCUCGGAUGAAGGUGAAACAGAAACCGAAAGUUAACGGCCACAGUCACGGAUGAUGUUUUAGCACAUAUACAUCAGAACUGCAGCGCCGGUGUUCUGCGUAGAAAACAUCAGGAUCUGAACACAACGCGGGCAUCGAGUUUCUCGUCGCAUCUCUUGGUGAUCAUACCAUGAUGGAGACAGCAGAUCACAGUCCACUGAGGACACUUUUCAGACUUCUGUCUCUGUCCAGACCUGAUGUGGUUCCUAUAUGUGGGGCUUUCGUGUUCCUUGUUGCAGCUGUUAUUGGUGAUAUGUUCAUGCCUGCAUAUACGGGUCAAUUAAUCGAUUCCUUGAACUCUAAAGUUGACAGUGAUGCAUUUGCAAGUGCAGUUUUCUUCAUGGGGCUUACUUCUUUUGGAGGGUCUUUGUCUGCCGGUUGCCGAGGCGGUUUGUUCAUGCUCACAAUAUCCAGGCUUACAAAAAGAGUCCGGCAACGCCUUUUUAGUUGUUUCGUCAAGCAAGACAUUGCAUUCUUUGAAACAACAUCAAAAGGGGAUAUCACCACAUGUUUGUCUAGUGAUACUUCUCUGAUGAGCCGCUCCCUGGCUGCAAAUGUCAACAUCCUUCUGCGCAGUCUUGUCAUGACUGUUGGCAUCUACUGUUUCAUGAUUCAGCUCUGCUGGCCCUUGGCCUUGCUCAGUGCACUUGAGUCACCUAUUACUAUCACUGCUGAGAAAAUAUACAACAAGUAUUAUCAGGGGCUGGUGAGUUCAGUCAAAAAGUCCAUAGUGAAAAGUAACCAGGUUGCUGGAGAAAGCAUUUACCUGAUCAGAGCUGUGAGGAGCAAUGGGGCUGAGACGGUGGAGCAGAAGAUGUAUAACACCAGACUGGAAGAAACGCACCGGUUUAAAAUACACAGAGACAGUGUCAGAGCCACUUACUUGCUUUUCAUGAGGUUAUUUCAGUUAGGCAUGCGGGUGCUGAUCAUGUGGUAUGGGCAGCGAAUGAUCAGAUCUGGGCAAAUGACACCUGGAAACCUUGUGUCCUUCAUACUCUACCAAAUGGAGAUCGGAGGCUACGUACAAACAUUAGUUGAACUGCAUAUUGACCUCAUUGAGUCGCUGGAGUCAGCCGACAAAGUCUUCGAGUAUAUGGACCACAAACCAUCUGUUUUAUGCGGUGAUCUUGCUCCCGACCAGCUCAAAGGACAUGUGAUGUUUAAAAACAUUAGCUUCUCAUAUUCAUCACGGCCAGACAAGAAAGUACUGGAGAAUAUCUCAUUUGAGAUGAAGCCAGGGUCAGUCACUGCACUAGUGGGUGUCUCAGGUGGAGGGAAAAGCACCUGCGUAGCCCUACUGAAGCAUCUUUAUGAGCCCCAGUCUGGUGAAAUCCUCCUGGAUGGAAGGCCUCUGAAGGAAUAUGAUCACAAGUUCUUUCACCGAAAGGUAGCUGUUGUGAGUCAAGAACCAGAGCUCUUCGCCCGCUCUGUUGAGAACAACAUCACUUAUGGGCUUCACAGUUACUCUGAAGACGGGCUUCAGACUGCAGUAAAACAGGCUCAUGUUAACAGCUUCGUUCAUUCCCUGAAAGAUGGUUAUGCUACAGAUGUGGGAGAGCGUGGUUGUCUCCUCUCUGGGGGUCAGAAGCAGCGCAUUGCUAUCGCCAGAGCUCUGAUCAGACAGCCUCAGGUCCUCAUACUGGACGAGGUCACCAGCAGCCUGGACAUGGAGAGCGAAAAGAUGAUCCAUAACGCUCUGGCAUGUUUCACCACUCAAACCACAUUGAUCGUGGCUCACAGGCUGAAGACCGUGGAGGGAGCAGAUCAAAUAAUAGUGAUUGAUAAAGGCAUGGUAUCUGAGAAAGGCACCCACAAGGAGCUGAUGGAGAAGAAAGGAAUCUACUAUAAAUUAAGAGAGAGUCAUUUUAAUGAAGAUAACACUGAAACUACUGGUUAGUUAAACAACUGAGAAAAUACACACAUCCAAAGCAAGUUUGGUUCAGGUGCAGGAUGCAAUGCAACUAACAUGAAAGGAGCAGAGAUGUCUUAUGUUAUUGCGCUGAAGUUUAAACAUUUGCAAACUUUUAUCUUUUUCUUCCUCAAAUCACCUGUUAACUAACUUAAAGUGUUAAAGUGUGCAAUAUAUGUAUGCAAUGAAAAAAGUAAAUAUUAACGGUCUUGGUCACUGUAUUUGUAUAUAAACGCAUUUUAGCAUAUGCAUAUCAUCCCAUACUUGUAAUGAAAAAGAGCAUAUUCUUAUAAAUAAAUAUAAUUUAUUUA